UCAGAGCGGAAGGAGACGGUGACGUCACAGCGGGAGCAAGUGCAGCGGCCGCAUCCCGUCCCAGUCUGGCCACAGGGCCCUGAGGGCAGUCUCUGGGCCGGCGGUGAGGGACGCGCCUCCCUGCCUGGCAGGGCCCCACCCACGACACUCCGUUGGCGGAGAUCAGCAGUCCCAGAUCCGCAGAGACUGUCGGGGCCUGCUAGGCCUUUGGAGGCCACGCCAAGAAAGGGGAAGCAUCAUCUUAAGACCCCCUUCGGUGCAGCCUCGCCUGGGACCCGGGAGCCACGAGGCAGGUGGCAAACAGCGCCUUCUGCUUCUCCAGCACGCGUAAGUCCCUGGGAAUCUUCGAGCCCACUCCGAGGGAGCCACAGAAGCCCUGCCUGACACUGCACAGCCCCGCAGGCAGGGGCUGGGGGCAUCCUUCACUGAGCUGGACGAAGGGGGCCUGGGAGCGGCCUCUGGCCCCUGAGGCCGGCCUCUCUCUCCUAGCCUUUGGGAAGGCAUCCCGGCAACCUGGAUACUUCCGUGGAUUCCCGAGGCAGCUCAGGUGUGCGCCAGCGGGCAUACUGCUGCCUCAAAGAGCUGGGGAAGAUGCUGUUUGGCGUGAAGGACAUUGCCCUGUUGGAGCAUGGGUGCAAGGCCCUGGAGGUGGACAGUCACAAGUCCCUGAUGAUCCUGGGGAUCCCCGAGGACUGCAACCAUGAGGAAUUCGAAGAGAUUAUUCGGCUGCCCCUCAAACCUCUAGGCAAGUUCGAAGUGGCUGGGAAGGCCUAUCUGGAAGAAGAUAAUUCCAAGGCGGCCAUCAUUGAGCUGACGGAGGCCAUCAAUUACGCCGUGGUCCCCAGGGAGAUCAAGGGCAAGGGCGGUGUGUGGAGAGUGGUCUACAUGCCCCAGAAGCAGGACAUCGAGUUCCUGACCAAGCUGAACCUCUUUCUGCAGAGCGAAGGGAGGACGGUUGAGGAUGUGGCGCGGGUCCUGAGGCAGGAACUGUGUCUCCCAGAGACGGGCCCCGGAGAGCUGCCUGCAAGGAAGGGCUGUGUGCCUGGGCUGGGGGAGAAGCCGGAGGCUGGGGCCACUGUCCGGAUGGACAUGGUGCCGACUCCGGACUCCUCCGAGAAGGAGAGCAAGGCUGGAGAUGGCAAGAGGGGCAAAAGGAAGAACAAGAAAAACCGCCGGCGGCGUCACGCCUCGGACAAGAAGCUGUGAGGUGGUGGUGGCAUUGGGUGGGCGUGGGGGGUGACGAGUGGGUGUCGGUGAUGACCAUGGGAGGGUAGGUACCACCUGAGUGCAUUUAAGGAGUAGGAGUGAGUGUGGGUAAUAUAAGUGAGGAUAGGAAUGACUAGUGAAUGAGUAACUUUUGAGUAAGAACGGAUAUCCUUUGGAUAGCACAGGUAACAUCUGACUAGUGUGAAAGGGGUAGAUAUCUUUUUUUUUUUUG